AUGGCGACGGUGACGCAUAUAUCGCCUAUGAAUGGAGGUGGAUGCAGCUCGGGCAACUCUAUUGGAAAAAUCUUUGGAAACCCUCUAUUUCAUAGGGGUGUGACGUCUGGCUUUCAGGCCGUAUCAGUGUUGAAGGCUCCGGUCAAGCCAUUCCGAGGCCAUGUGUCCCUAGAGAGAAUGCUGUCUGCCUCGUCACAUGGCCGUCAAAGGACACAAGCAGGCCACACCAACCGCUGGCAGCUGCGCCACCCCCUUGGCAGUGAUCUGCUGGGGCAAGCACAAGCUGAGAGAACUGAGAGAACCAUGAGAGUGGCCCUCAACACAUCACUCAGGACCAUAAGGACAGCUGACUCUCCACAGCCCUGCACUCAUGAUGAGCCCCCCCUGCCACGGCUUACCCUCCUAGCGAGCACCAGCCUGCCCAGAAGCCCCAGACGCUGGUGUUUACCAUUUGAGUUUUUGAUUUGUGUGCUUAUGAUGAUGUGUUUUUGUGUGUAUUUGUUAUGUAGUGUGCCAGGUCAUCCCAGCAAGGCUACACCAGAGGACCUGUUCUACCUCUUGUCCCGCAGUGUUGUCCAUUACAACCAACCAGACGUGGUGCUGGAGUGCCUGGGAAGCCAGUGGGAGCUGCACUGCCCUAAUCUCACCAAGUCAGGCACCCUAAGCGACCUCUACAUGUCAACCAGACAGCAGAGGGCAAGGAGCCUUCAGGACAGAGCAGGAAGUGGUAAGAGUGGGAAAGACAAGUCAUACAGCCGACCUGGCAGCAGCAACUCCAGCAGAGACAGACAGAAUGGGAAGAAACCCGCAGGCCCCCUGGUCCUCCAACUCUCUGUGAAAGAAGCCACCGUCACCAAAGAGGCACUCUCCUUUGCCCUCAGGACCCUCUAUAACCCAGAGGCAUGUCCUGAACACUGGGGAGAGGGGGUGCUCUCUACCGCCGCCCUGCUGGGCCUGCCACACCUUUUCCAGAGGUGCUUAACAGAGAUGAUAAAUAAGAUCAGCUCCUCCACUGUGUGUGUCUUUCAUCGCGUGUCUUGCAAGUUUAAGGAGACCAGUCUUCAGAGAGCGUGUGAGCGAUGGUUGGAGCUUUACCUGGUGACUGAGUUGACAUGUUUCAUCUACCUGAGAGACUUACCCUUUGAACUCCUCCACAAGACCCUAAGUUCACCCAGGGUCUUUGCUGCCUGUGAGUACCAGCUCCUGAAGACAGUGCUGUACUGGGUAUUCCUACAGUUCAACCCUGCAGCUCAGAUCCUUCCCUCCCAUAGGUUCAUUAUGACCUUCUUCUCCAGGGCUGGCGUCUUCUUGGAACAGCCUGUGGGACAGAGGUUCACCAUUCUCUUCCGGGCCCUUCGCUUACAUGGCAUCACUCAACGAGCCCAUCUAGAGGAGAUGCAGCAGAUCCAUGUCUUUCCUCAGUCCUGGCUGCUCUUCAUCUUCUCCAAGCACUACUACACUCUCCACAGUGGAGGAGACAUGCAAGUAACAGAUUUCUCCCAACAAGCAGUGCGCUUCGGCAUGGUCAUUGAGAGGGAGCCUCAAUACUGCACACGAACCAUUGGACUGUAUGGCUUCUACUUCCUACUUAAAGCAGCCAGCAUAGGAGAGCUGGACUCGCAUGGCUUCUCUCUGCAGAGACUGAAACACUGGGACCCUGCCAUGUCUGUGCGGGCGUGUGAGAGGCAUCCUUUCAGUAUGAUGACAGAGCGGGCCUUGUCCUAUCAGAUCAACGUGCAGGCCCAUGUGCACGGCCAGUGGCAGGAGUUCAACAGUGGUCCCAUCAACCAGGAGUUUGGCCUGACCAAGCGCACCUGCAAGAGCCAGGUGUUUAAAGUGAGGGGCCUCAGCUUGCCCAUCUUCGUGACCUUCGCCCUGGCUUUCGCUGCAGUCUGAUCCCCUGCCAGACAGUCUCCAUGGUGCUCGUUAUCACACGUAAACAUCACACUGCCUGAUUAAAAGUAUCCAGGAAGACUUGUCUUAGUGGGGUAGCCUUGAUAGAAAAGAAGAAAGCCACUUCAAAGACGAUCUGUUAGGCACGCAGCCUGUUUUAACCCAAACCAUGCUCAAUGCUCUGCCCAAAUCAAAUCAAAUCCCGUUGACCAAAUCAGGUAAAAUAGUAGUCUUGGACACUUGCUUCUUCCACUGAGACAGGUAAUGGUCUGUCGAGGUACAAGGGACACAAUUAUAGUAAUAUGAUUCAUGCACUUUCACAUCACUUGGCAGUAUGAGGAUGUGUCCCAAAUGGCACCCUAUUCCCUAUACAGUUUGACCUGGGUCCUAUGCGUCCUGGUCAAAAGUAGUGCACUAUAAAGGGAAUAGGGUGCCACUUGGGAUGCAAUCUGUGCCAGCUGUAAUGUAUCCUAACCACAAGGGGUGUUGCAAACCUUGUCCUGGAAGAGAGCUCUUUGAAGGAAGUUGUUGGCCUGUAGGUUGUCUGGAAGCUUCAUAACUGUUGCUCCUUGUGGUUAAGGUCUCUACUCAACCAGGAAGCAGAGAAAUGAGUCUCUCUGUGUCCGAAAAACGCUGACUGUCAGUGGGCAACAUUCUGACCAGUGGAGGUACUGUAGGGUCAUGUACAGCUGAGAAAACACACAGGUAGAGUUGCCCAGGAAAGCAGAGGUUUAUUGGCGAACUCUUUAGUGAAUGAUAAACAUGGUUUGUAUUUACAGUACCAGUCAAAAGUUUGUACACACCUACUCAUUCCAGGGUUUUUCUUUAUUUUACUAUUUUCUACAUUGUAGAAUACUAGU